ACUAGAAAUAAGUUUUGUCUGUUAUUUCUCCGGAUCUUCACCUCCAGAUUCUUCUCUUUUAAUUCUUCUUAUCUUACACAGCUACCAUUAAUUACAUUAAAAUGAACUGAACUGAACUGACCUUAUAGAGCUUCAACAAUGUCUACUUCGUCUCUAUGUUCCCUUCAUUUUCUUUCUCCAAAUCAAAGCUUCAAUUAUUCUAAACCUAAGCCUAAACCUCUCUUAAUUCCAAAUAAAUUUCAUAAAUUCGCACCUCUCUGCUCUUCUUCUCCGAUCAACUCCUCCGAUUCUGUUCCUUCUGCCGAUUCCAGUAACUUUUGUAUAAUUGAAGGACCGGAGACGGUUCAAGAUUUUGUUCAGAUGCAGCUUCUCGAAAUUCAGGAUAACAUUAAAAGCCGGCGUAAUAAGAUCUUUCUCCUCAUGGAAGAGGUGAGGAGACUUCGAAUUCAGCAACGUAUAAGGCGGAAAACUGCCAAAGUUAUCGAUGUGAUUCGCCAACAACAAGAAGAGGAAGAGGAGUCAGAUGAGAUGCCUGAAAUGACCUCAUCAAUUCCUUUCCUUCCUCAUGUGACACCCAAGACAUUGAAGCAGCUUUACCUCACUAGCUUGUCUUUCAUUUCCGGGAUUAUUGUAUUUGGGGGAUUAGUUGCGCCAAUUCUGGAACUAAAAUUAGGAAUCGGGGGCACCUCAUAUGAGGAUUUCAUACGCAACAUGCAUUUGCCAUUACAGCUAAGUCAAGUAGAUCCCAUUGUGGCAUCUUUUUCAGGUGGGGCAGUGGGCGUCAUUUCAGCCUUGAUGUUAAUCGAAGCAAACAAUGUUGAGCAACAAGAGAAAAAAAGAUGCAAAUAUUGUCAUGGAACUGGAUACUUGGCAUGUGCCCGAUGUUCAGCAAGCGGUGUGUUCUUGAGUAUAGAUCCCAUUUCACUAUCCAGUGCUUCUGAUAGCCCCUUGCGAGUGCCAACGACGCAAAGGUGCCUGAAUUGCUCAGGUGCAGGAAAGGUCAUGUGCCCUACGUGCCUGUGUACGGGGAUGUUGAUGGCAAGUGAACACGACCCACGAUUCGAUCCAUUCGAUUAGAGAGGUAAGAGUCGAGAAACAUAUUUUGCGACACAGCUUAGGAACAAUGUCAUUUCCAUCUGUCCAAAUGAUCGAAAGCAGCUUCUUUAAUUUGAGGAACGGUGAUCCAGAACAUAUGCAUAUGCGCACUGGUUCGAGGUAACUAUCUGUUUAAGACUCGGACUAGGGGAGUUCUGUUCACCUGUUGUGUAAUCAUCCUUAUGUGCAGAAGAAGCAAUGUACUGAUGAUGGUCAUGCCUGCAGAAAUUGUAGUAUAAGCUGGCUCUCUGUUUUGUACAAUAAUCUGGAUAAUCGUUGAGAUGAAUAUGAAAUUAUGUUGACGCGCUGGUAAUUUAUUCAAAUAAAGGGUCAUUGCAGUCCCUCA